GGCGACGCUGUCGGAGCGGCAUGUCCAAGAGCUGCGGUGUAGCGUCCUAUUUCGUCGGACGAUAUGUUGCCCUUAGAACUUCCGAAGGCGGGGCUGCAAGAAGUGCAAUACUCCGACUGAGACAGGCUACAAAACAUGACCUGGCCCAUCCGUCAACCACUGUCACCCCUGCGUCUCAGCAUGUCAAAGGAAUACAAGGAUGCUCGACGGUCGAGGACAAGCGGCUCGCCAAAGUGGUCAAGGGCCCGCCCGGAUCUGAGAUUGGCUUAUGUAAGCGCGCCUCAAGGCAUCCGCUCGCGCUCCCGACCCUCCUCCUCGCACCUCAACAUUUACGACCACCAUCUACGACCAUCAUGCCACAAGUAUACCGCAGACACUCUGAAAAUGUACAGCGGCCGCCGCCAGAACCCCGCCGACGCUCCAGCCUGGCCGCGGGCCCACAGCUCACCGACGCCGACGACUCGAUCGUCCUUUCCGACCUCGUUCGCACAGGUGAGGCCUCUCGCCUGCGACGACGAGGUGCCAUGCGCCUCGACCACGGUCUCUCUGGCGCCCCACGACCACUCUCAACCUCUGCGCUGCCGCCCAUCGGCGUCAUCGGACCACCUCAGCCUUCUCCGGGCAGGCCGUUCGCUUUGCCGGCCCAACCAACAAGGCCUCUCACGCCACCGUGGGCCAUGGGGAAUGCCGCACGGGACGAAACUCAAGAUAUGUACGCAGACAUUAUUGGCGAAGAUCCCAGCGACGCUUCGGGUACGGUUGCGCUCGACGAGCAGCGUCGUGUGGGCGAGCACGAGGAUGACGAGGAGAGUUUUGUGCUGCAUUGUGGAGGAGAGAUAGCCAAGGUGCCUCCCACAGACUAUUCGAGACCGUAUACGCCAUCACCUCUGCCUCUUCCUCCGUCCUCAGCAAGCACAAGUUCUCACGGUCGCGUCGUGCCCCGAACAAACGGUUGUGGUGCAGUCAUCCACUUGCGCGCCUUUCCGCAGAAAACACGCGGCGUAUGGGUGGGCAAGCGGGAGGCCACCGAGGCGGUUGUUGCUAUGGACUCGGUUUACUUCGAGCGCAGUAUCGUUGCGCGCAUGAUGAAGAGCGCGUGCGGUUGCGUGCGUGAGGGGGUCGGCUGCGCGGUAUGCGGCAAUCCGCUCGGGACGCGGUACAUGCCCUGUCAGGCUGCUUCCGAGGGCAUCUUCACCGCGCGCCACAAGCAAUCAACGCCCCCAAGGCCAUCGCGCCCACAGUACCCUGCUGGUCCGCAGUAUUAUGCGCCAGCACGAGCGUCCUCGCUAUCGCGGUCUCAUCACGCAGAUGCGUCUGGGCGCCUGUCGAGCAGCACAUUCUACGUCUACACAUUCUUUGCCGAUCAUGUCUCGUCGUUACCGGCAUGUCCCUUUCCUGCCGUAGAGAAGACCGAGCACCAGCCCAUCGUGAGCUCACCCCUCCGGCCAACGACCUGGCUAGGCCCUACGCCCUCCGCCUCUCCCCGUUCAUACUCCCCGCCCUUCGCCGUCCCCUCUACACCCGAACCCGCGCCCAUUGAGCCGCUCAACGCCAUGCGCCGCGCGCCACCGCGGCGCGACUCCGUCUUCUUCGAGCCGCCCCCAGGCUCGGGGCUCGCCGAGGAGGACUGGAUGUUCAUCAGCCCCGAGGUGGCGCGCGGUUUCGACGGGGACGAGGUCGAUGCAGGCGAGGGCGGCUUCGACGACGACGACGACGACCGCGUGUCGGUCGACAUGCAGCUCCGCGGCGUCCUCGAUGCCGACGGUGUGUUCGUUGAGCCUGAUGUCGCGAACGACCCCGACUCGCCUGACAAGACCGAAACAGUUACCUGGCCGGGGCGGUAAAAAAUGUAAUACGCUCUGUAUUCGUCCUCCCUCUCAUGACAUCGAUACCCCCGGGGCUCCCUGCUAUGAAUGUUGUAACAUAGCCUCGCUUCUUGUACAGGUUGGAUUUCGCUUUCGCUGCGCUGUUGGGCGUACGUCGGCCACACAUCAUCACUGACGGCCACACAUAGAGUACCUACCACAUGCAUCUGCUUCAUCAUAUACUUCCUCAUGACCUGAUCCACGGCCUUUUCUUACGGUAUAAUUCUUCUGCAUGUUGCUGACGAUGUACCUCUGUAUCAUAUAUUAUUGGCUUGGACAUAAUGGAUCUAAGUGGGCUCUGUCUGGG